AUGGCUACUGUACCGCACUUCGACGCCAGCCAGAUCGAGGCGUCUAGCAAGGCUUACUUGGAUAAGCACAAGAUCGAAAUUUACUUGCAGGAUGCGCUAAGCCGCCUAUUAGACGACCGCCCGGAAAAGCCCGCCAAAUUUCUAUCCGAGUACUUCUCAAGCGUCCACCGCGGCAUCAACACCCUCCUCCGUGAAUACGAAUAUGUCCGCGUAACGAAACAAAACCGGAGCGCCUUCAUAGAUCGAGUAGCCGACGUCAUUCCCAACCGGAGUUCAACCCACACAGCCCCCGAAUACCACCACCUAAUCGAGCUCCUCUGCCCCGACUUUCCCCUCUCGAUCAUCCACCGCGCCACCGAGAUCGCAGCCCAUAUUGACUACAAGAAGGCGUAUCGUCCGCAUGAGCUGCUGCGGUAUAAGAUCCCCGCGGGCAGGUUUUUGGGCGCUUUUAGGGCGUAUUUUACGUAUAUUGAUUUCUUUGAGCACGCCCACAUUGCGAUUAGGAAAGCAGCGCUGAAGUCGAGCGGCGCAUCCGCACAUGCGGAUGAAAGCGUGGACGAGGUGGUGUGCAAGACGUAUUCAAGUCGGGAGGUCGUUGCUCUUGGGGUUGGCAUUGUGGAUGCUGUGAGGAGUCUGUUGGAUGGGGAGGACGUGGAGUUCGACAUUCCGCCCACCUUACGCGUAGAAUGCGCUCUAACGACGUUCAAGGAGCAGUUGCAGCAGCUGAGGGAUGUUACGGUCGGGGAUGCGUUUAUGCUGUUUCUGGUGACGUUCGCGCAGGCUCCGGAGGAAAGGACGGUCGUUGCGGACAGAGGCGUUUGA